ACCUCCAGAAACAGCCCCGUCACUUCAUCCUUUAUCUCAAGACAAAGAAAAAAAACUCGAGAAACCAAACACAGUAGAGAUGAGUUUGAAUCUCGUAUCAUCGUCUUCUACCUCAAACCAUGUUUUCCUUUCGAAUCCGAUUCGGUCAGGGAGAGAACUGAAUAUCCUAAGCCGACACCAGAUAAUCCCUAAAAGAGCGAAACCCUUUUGCGUUAGGUCUUCGCUGAACUUGUCUGGACCCAGACCCAGACAAACCCUGUCUAGUAACUGGGAUGUGUCUAAAUUCUCCGUCGAUGCCGUUGCUCAAUCUCCUUCUCGUCUCCCCAGCUUCGAGGAACUCGACACCACAAACAUGCUUCUCCGUCAAAGAAUCGUCUUCCUCGGUUCUCAGGUAGAUGAUAUGACAGCAGAUUUGGUGAUAAGUCAGCUCUUGUUACUAGAUGCUCAGGACUCUGAGAGAGACAUCACGCUCUUUAUCAAUUCACCUGGUGGUUCUAUCACUGCUGGGAUGGGAAUAUAUGAUGCAAUGAAACAAUGCAAGGCUGACGUAUCGACUGUUUGCUUAGGACUAGCUGCAUCCAUGGGUGCGUUUCUCCUUGCCUCUGGCUCCAAAGGGAAACGCUUCUGCAUGCCUAACUCUAAAGUUAUGAUCCAUCAGCCACUUGGUUCCGCCGGAGGCAAAGCAACGGAAAUGAGCAUUCGCGUAAGAGAAAUGAUGUACCACAAGAUUAAACUCAACAAAAUCUUCUCUAGAAUCACCGGGAAGCCCGAAUCAGAGAUUGAAGGUGACACAGACCGUGAUUACUUCUUGAAUCCAUGGGAGGCGAAAGAGUAUGGAUUGGUAGACGCUGUAAUCGAUGAUGGCAAACCGGGACUAGUCGCACCAAUUGGAGAUGGUACUCCUCCACCGAACACCAAAGUGUGGGAUUUUUGGAAAGUUGAAGGAACCAAGAACGAUAACAAAGAUUUGCCGACCGAGCAAUCCGUCAUACAGAAUGGCUCCGCCACUCCUGAAUAGAGAAUGUUGUUGCCACCUUUACUGUUUCUUUUAAAUUCUUUAUGUUUUAAUGUGCUAGGUGCAACCAUAACAAUGCGUUUUCUGUGUUUGUACCAUUUCUCGGAUAGAUUUUUGGAGUUAUUUGAAGACAAAAAAAAAAUAUUAGUUGAUGUAGCACAGAAGGUGCACCAGCUACAUUGAUCAGCUUUAGAGAGAGUUUGUUUGAGAGAAAA